GGCGCACACACCACGCAUUCUGACCUGGUAAGCAGCCAGUGUCGGAUCGACAGAAGCACUAUCAGAUCAUCACGUGAGAGGAAGGAAUUUCGGACGGGUCCGAUUUUCUAUCGUCGAUCCACCCACCCCCUAUUUAUUACUCUCCCCGUAUUUAUUAUCAUUAUUAUUAUUAUUACUAUUGGAAAGUGUUGAUUUUUCUUUAAAUGUGAAGUGUGUCCAAGUGUUUCAUGUUGAAACUCGUCUCUUGAUUUCGUUGAGAUAAAGGAAAGAAAGAAUCGAGCCACGUGUGAUUUACAUGUAGAAGGAACUCGUGCAAGUGUGCCUUUGAGUUUUUGUUAUCCCAAGUUAUUAUUUUUAUUAUUACUCUUAGUCUGCUUUUAGCAGUUAUAUUUCCAAUUUUUUAUUUUAAAUCCUCGACAUGGAAAUGGAUCUACUUUGUUGCGAAAAUUCCGAGACUGAGUGCAGGGCAUACCCGGAUCCGGCACUUCUCGAAGACGAUCGAGUUUUGAAAAAUCUUCUCAAGUCCGAGGAGAGAUUUGCACCCCGGAGUUCUUAUUUCCAAUGCGUGCAGACAGACAUCUCGCCGGUCAUGCGCAAGAUCGUCGCCGAGUGGAUGUUGGAGGUGUGUGAGGAUCAAAAAUGUCAAGAGGAGGUUUUUCCAUUGUCGAUGAAUUACGUCGACAGGUUUCUUUCUAUCUGUCCAAUCAGAAAGUCACAGCUCCAGCUGCUGGGAACGGCUUGCCUUCUUUUGGCCUCGAAAUUAAGGGAACCCAGGCCUCUAUCGGCCGAGGUGCUCGUCUUUUACACCGACAAUUCCAUCAGUCUCGAUGACCUCUGGAGGUGGGAGCAGCUGGUGGUUUCAAAACUGAAGUGGGAAUUAUCGGCAGUGACACCGGGUGACUUUCUUCUUCACAUUCUUAGGCGCUUGCCGGUCGAUCAUCAAGUAUGGGACACCACGAUGAUCUUGAGGCAUGCCCAGACAUUCAUUGCACUUAGCGUUAGGGAAUUCAAAUUUUUGAUGUACACUCCGAGUAUAAUUGCCGCUGCCAGUAUCGCUGCCGCUCUUCACGGUCUCGAUUGGACGCGAAAAAGUGGUUUUGGACUCUCCUACCUCCUGGAUGAACUUACCCGCAUAACCGCUAUCGAACGAGAUUAUCUCCAAGGAUGUCUGGGUCAGAUCGAGGAAAUGGUCACAGAAGCGAGGGGCGGCAACGCUCACCAGGUGUCUGCAGCAGCAUCACAAUCCUCAGGCUCCAUGGCGUCACAACAAAGGCCUUUGGGGGACCAGACCUCUAGUCAGGACAAGAUUUUGGAGCACGAGAAAGCUGGCACGCCAACAGACGUUCGAGAUGUUCACUUCUAAGACUCGAAACAAAAAUCUUGUCCUGGCAGGGACUUUUCUUCAAAUUUAUUCCCAUCGGGGGAGAUUGUGAAAAAAUUGCGAAAGAGAUUGAAGCCGAGGGUGGUGUGAAUCACAAUCGAAAAUUUAGUGCACACAAAAGCAACGCCUUCUGGAUCGUGAUUGGUUCGUGGUGGUUUCAAACUUUUCUCAAAGAAAAGUUUCUCAAUUUCGAAGAUUCCCAACAAAUCGACGGCCGUAAGAUUUUUUUUAAAUUGUCGUCGGAAUGAAACUAAAACCAAAAAAAAAAGAAAAAAAACAUUUUGCGAGGCAAUUUUCUUUGUUGAAAUGAAAAAUCGAUCAUGUGGGAGGCGUUCUGGGGGAAGGCAAUGCAAUACGCUUUACACAUUAAUUAAUUAAGUAUACUUAAUUUUUAGCCGACGAUUAUUAUUAUCUGUAUCACGGUCAAACUAACGAGAAAGCGAAAAAGAAAAAAAAAUCAUUAAUAAUCGAGAAAGCGAAAAAGAAAAAAAAAUUCAUUAAUAGUCGACAUAUCGAGUCAUUUAGCGCGUGUAUAUAUAAAAAAUAUUAGGUAGGCAGGAAGCAACGAAUUGAUAAGUUUAUCAGCAUUGUAUUUGAUACUAUUGUUUAUCUGCGUAAACCUUUUCUUUUUGUCCGCUGAUAUUGAAUUUUAAUCCCGGAAAUUUAAAAGCUGAAACUGCAAAUUCAAAAAUUGAAUUUUCAUCUCUCAGGAUUUUUUCAAUAUUUUUAAGUGUAGCUGUAAAUCCGAUAAUUUGGCUUUCUAAUUUCGAAAUUUGAAUAAGCCGAAGCGCAACAACGAAUGUAUUAAUGUGUGAGUGAAGAGAUCCAUUACCAAAUCAAAGAUAUUUCCAGUCUAUUCAGUUUUAUUUCAAAAGUAUUCCGCCUUUUAUUUUCUCUUCUCGAAACAUGUUCAUUUUUGCUUUUAUACUUGUAAAACGAGUUGAACGAAGCUUGUGGAAAAUUUCCUCAAUAAAUUCUACUUUCCAUAUUACAUUCAAUUAAUAAGACUCUUUACUGUAAAAUAGCAAUCGUAUAUAAUAUAUAAAUAAAUAUAUAUAUAUAGAAAAACAAAGGAGAAAAAGAAAAAAAAAUUGUUUGCAAACGAAACGCAGAAAAUUUUUGUAAAUACACGUCAAAUUGUAAGAAUGUAACUGUAAGAAUUAAUAUAUAAGUAAAUCUACACUUGUAAAAAAAGGAAUGCGAUUGAGAUAGCAUAUUGCGUGAGUGAGAACAAUUUUUGAGCGUUGUUUUUUUUUAAGUAUGUAAAAAGAAACCCUCACGGGAACCGGAGUGCGAGAAACAAAAAAUAUUUCUUAGUACUUAAUUGAGAAAAUGACCAACAUUUUUUCCUAAUUUUAAGCAUCGAAUGGCGUAGAUUUUUAAGCAAAAGAGCAAUUUUUUUUCGUUCUUUGUGCUCUUCUCCGAUGCGCAAGCAGCAAUUCAUAGUCAAGUCUUAGCAGCGCAGGAACCACAAUAGACUGGUUAGCAAUUAAAUUUACACGCUCGAGUUGUUUUUCAAUUUGUAUGUUUACAAAAAAUUAUUUUUAUUUUUAAAAAAAUAUUUUCUUAUGCAAAAUUAUUUUCUCAUUAAAAAAAAGUUCCAAAAAAGAAAAAAUUACAUUUAAAAAAAAUGAAAAAAAAACUUACAAUAAACUGAUGACUCAAAAAAGAAUAGACAUCAAUAAAUUGUAAAAUGUAAUGUAACCUUAGAAACAAAAAUACCUAGUUUCAUAGUAAAAACCAAGUUUCGAUGAAAAGUAUUUUUUUAAAAUUAUGAUUUCUCCUUAAAAAACGAAUUUUCAUUUUCAAAAAAUGAAAAUAGUAAUUUAUUUUUUAUUUGUCAAAUAUGUAAACAGUUGAAAACUGUUCAUUAUUGACCUUAUUUAUAAAACCAAUAAAUUACAUCGAAAAAUACUAUAAAAGAUUUUUCAUCUGAAUAAAAAAGACAGCAACUCGAGUUUCAGUAAGGCGUUGCGCUCGCGAACACAACAAUUCUGUGCAAUGAUUUUUGUUUUUUAAUUCACCAAAGUGUUAGAGAUUUUCGACUUUUUUUGUCAAAUAUUCCGAAAGAUGAUGAUUGGCUUUUUUCGGCUAUUACGUAGCGAGCACGACGCCACGAUAAAAACUAGUUAGUUCAUAAUUUUACUGUCAACCAAAUUGUAGUACAAUGAAUAGGAAUGAAAUAAUAUAAAAUAUCUCGAGCACCGAGAUCGCCGUUAAAUAUGUAUGCUCUUUUGAAUGGAUGAAAAAAGAAAAAAAAAAUGAUAAAAAAAAGAUGCAGCGCGUCACAUCGCAGUUCAUUGUUCUAAAAAAUAAAAAUUCGAGGUGUAUGAUUGUACUAAACUCGAUUUAUUUUCGGCAAUAAUUCCAAUAAUCGAAUCGUGUCGCAGUUUGAAAAUCGGGACUUUGGGUGGUUUUCGAUCAUCUGAUUCACGUCUAUUGAAAUUGAAACGACGUUGAUUAAGUAUUGAUGAAAAUUGAAACGCGAUUUUUCAAGAUCUAGUCAUUUAAUUUCUCACUCAUUCUUCUAAUGUAUUUCCCCUUCUCGCCCGUUGAAAAAAUUCUAUCCCACGCGUCAAGUGCCGACAUUUAAUAACAGCGACACGAUUCUCGAAACUGCGAUUACCACUUUUGCUCGUCUGCAAAACACUUGUAAUUUGUUAUUUUGUAUUCUCAUUGCAUGGAAGUCAGUGUUUUGGAGAAGAGCUCGAGUUCUUAAAAUUAACUAGAUAAAUCCAAAAAGGUCAAAGUUCAGUUCCAAUUUUAGUUUUUUUUUUUAAAUUUUAAAGUUAAGAGUACGCGCAGAUCGAAUAUUUGUGUAAAGUGAGUUCUUUUAGUUUACAACGCAAGAAGUAAAAUUCAACCGCUUACCUCAGAUCAAAGGCGUCUUAUAAACUGUUUGAUAAAGUUUAUAAAGAGAGCAUUUGAAGUAAUUCGAGCCCGAGACCAAGUAAUUACGUUGCAUGGUCUCGGGAUUAUGAAGUAAUGAUUUAAACUAAGUGGAGAAAUCAGAACGAAAACGUUUCUUUACGUUUUUGUUGUUGUAGCUACUUUUAACUAGCCCACAGAAAUCGUUUUAAAUUUAACACAUUCUAGCGUAUCUUUUAAAGUUAAUUCGCCACUAUGUAAAUGCCUGACAUGUUGUACAUAUCUUGUGCGUCAUAAAGGCGCACAGUCGAUUCAAAAUAAAGUAUUCAUAUUUUAUACAAAA